GUGUUUAACUAAYGUUCUAUGGAAAAAAAGUUUAUGACAAAAAAACUAAGCAAAUGCUAGUGCCUUGAAACCUAAUAUCCAAACAUACCAUAUAAAGCUGGAAAAGAACACGUGACUGGAAAGUAAACAAACUAAAAAGGUUGGAUUGACGGAAGGAGACGAUUAACCGCGCAUCCCUACUGUUAUUUAAGAGUCUUGCACUUAUUUUCUUUAAUAUUUACUGAAUGAAAGAUUCACRACCGAGGUCUAGGAUUUCUUAGACUCGACAAGGCUUUACCGUUCAAAAUAUCGUCACUUCAACGACUAGACUUUCAUUCAAGAUUUGGUCAGGUUUGACGUCUAUUUGAAACCUCGUUCAGGUYUAUAUCAAUAAAUAAUGACAUCAUACAGAACUCCUUCCCCUUACCGUGAGCGACACAGCUCCUGGGAAGAAACAGACCUUAUUUCCCAGAGGAGACAUUUUGAUGACCCCUAUGACCAUCCAACUWCUGGUUAUUGCAAUGACACUGGACAUUCAUUGUAUGAUGAAAAUGAGGGCUAUUUGGAGAAUGAGAGAAGAGAAUACAUAGAUUAUAGAGAUAGGAACCAAGACCUUAGAGAACAGGAUGGUGAAUAUAGGCAUUUUGAGAGAGAAAAUAAAAAACUAUCACCACCACCACUUCUUCAGGAUUUCAUUCGAAAUAAAGAAAGCUUAAGAGAUCUAGAUUCUGAAGCGUCAUUACGUGAAUCUAGAUAUUUUGAUAGCGUAGAUGAAUACAUAAGACAGCAACGCAAACUAGAGCACGCUGACGUGAGUAGAGAAAAGGAACGUUGCUUAAGAAGUCUUCGCGUUUUGGAACCUGUGAUCCUAAACGAUGACAGAUCACGUGACCAUGGUGGAGGGCUCAGAUCACGUGACUACCGGGUCGAUGAAAGAUCACGUGAAUACCGGGUCGAAGAGAGAUCACAUGAAUACCGGAUCGAAGAGAGAUCACGUGAUCGUGACUAUAGGUCACGUCGCAAUGAUGAUGAUGAUUAUCAUCGUAGUGAUAACGCUGAUGAUUWUAGUUAUCGGCGUAAUGAGAGAAGAUCUACGACGGAAGAGCUAGAUUACCAUGACAACACUGAUCCUCGGCGUCAUGGUUACCGCAGCGAACACGCGCGCAAUGAUCCUUACUACCAACGAGAUAGCAGAAACGAUGAUGACAAAAGGAGCGAAGACAUCUUAUAUGGAUAUCGUGAUCGCCAUCGACGCUGUACUGAGAGAGAAUUACGCAAGCAAAUGGAUGAAUAUGAUUCACACGGAAGGGCAUAUUCUUCAGAAAGGGGACGAGAUAGAAGAGGCAGAGAAUUUAGCCAUGAUGAUAAAAAUAAACACUCAUAUUCGAGUYGGUUAGUAAAAGAUGAGAGAUUUACAAGACCUGGUAUGAGAAGUUAUGACAAUGAACCACAGAGAAGACCAGAAGGAGGUGUUCCGCGAUUUAAGGGAGAGCCGCGAAGAUUAUCACGAGAUCAUUAUAAAAGUCUUAGUCGCCAUAGUCAACGACAGCGAGGUGGAACGCGUUCUAAAAGUCCAGGUAUCCCCAGAAAAGCUCAUUCUCACAGUARUUCCCCUGCGAGAAAGAGCCCUCCUUUCAGCGGAAAAGCACCGACCCACGAGAAAAACCCGAAGAGAAAAAUGUCUACGUACGAAUUGAAUGGAACAAAAAGACGAAAAUGCGAUGUAAGACAACCCAAUGCUUCUCUCAAGAGCCAAGAAAUACCCAAUGCCCAGCUCAUCACUCGUGAUCAAUUCUUGUCACGUGAUAUCUUCAACUYUACAAAGUACUCCAGUCGCGAGUCAGAAUAUAAAAGAACUAGAAGUAGUGACAUAGSGUUUCGUGACUGCACCUCGUCACGGAAUUCUUGUGGAGAGCGUGAUCUUAGGGAUGAACUCAGUGAUUCACGCGCAGCGGCUGUAGAAAGAAAACCACUUCACUUUGAACAUUCCGUCUCUGAUUAYGAAGAGCGUCCCAGUACGGCAAUUUCGACGAGAAUAAUCGACAACRACCCACCUGCUAUUCGAAGCAUUGUGCAGAUACCAGCUAAGAAAUUCCAAGACCUUCACGAAAGCUGUACCAAGAAUAAAGAAGAAGUCGAAAUUCAAUCCGCGCAAGUAAAGAGAAGCAUAACCCCAGACCCCGUCAUUAAAUCUCGUGCCAAACAGGUAAGUAUCACACCCAAUGCUGAACCACAAUCUGUUGCGACUAGUCAGCCUGUGAGGACCUCGGAGGUGCUCAAAAGAAAGGUCAGUAUUUGUAGCGGACGUGCACCUUCAACCCUUCUGGGUGCGGUCGAGAAACCCAAAGUGGAGCUCCUGGCUGAUGACUUGCGGCUCUUAAUCAUGUCACGUCGAUUGAGACAACAAAAAGAAACUACUCCAUCCCUCGAUGAAAACCUGGCCGAGAAGAACGAAACACUACUGAUGUCUCYUCCUCGAACCGAACAACAAUUUCAAGUCAGUAGCGAAAGACGAGCUAUUUUUGCUCACCCCAAACUCAACAUCCCAGGCAGAACCGACGGCAUGGUUGAAUUGUCUUACYCAGACUCAGAAGCAAGUACAAACGAAGAGAGUGCACCGCCUGCCCCUACAGGCCACGCUUGUCGUAAAGUAGUCAUGAGACGUCAAGUAAUUCUAGAUUACGGCAACGAKAAGAGUCAUCCAAGAACCUUGCACCUAUCGCUUUACAAAGAAAAAGGAAAAAAGAAGUUAGGCAACGAAAAAGAAAGUUCUGGGAAUUCUAAUGUUGUGCUUGAAGUCGUGUCUGAAGGUAUGGCAAAUCCCCCUGUACGYCCCAACCGUCCUCUCYUUAAARAAGAURAUGRUAGUCUCUCAACAGUCGAAGUCGUGGACAACWCAUUCGAAUCCCAGRACAGUAGUCAUGCUGCUGACGAACCUCAAAGACCAGAAGAAUUAACUAAAGAUGUAAAUUGUUUCGAAGCUGACCAGGAUGCUGCUGAUGCUGCAAGCUCUUCGGUUGAUCAUAACGAGAAUUGUAAUUAUUCGCAGCAAACAGAAGAAAACGUCUCGAAGCAACACAUCCUUGAUAAUGUCUCGUCAUUGGGUAAAUACCARGAGACGAAAGCAGAUUUAGAGGAUAUUCAGGAGAGUGAGCGUCUUAAAGAGGAACGUAAUGGUGCGUGGGUGACCUCUUCAGAAUAUUAUGAAAACGAACAGCAAUUUUUGCAGCAUGGCGAAGCAUCUUACCGAGACUUGGUAAAAGUAGAGAGCGAUGCCGUAAAAAAGAAYUUUUCGGAGCAUUAUGAAGAGGAGCAAAAGUCGUUUUCUCACUAUGAGCAAGGAUGUUCCAAGGAACUUCGGUACGAUGCAGAGGAAUGUGACAUCGUAAUGACUGAGAACUUUUUAGAGCAUUAUGAUGAAGAUCAGCCACUAUCUCAUUACGAGAAAGAAUGUUCCCAGGAACUUCGGUACGAUGCAAAGGAAAGUGACGCCAUAAGAGAGAACCAUCCAGACCAUUAUGAUGAAGAUCAAGCACUUUCUCACUACGAGCAAGAAUKUUCCCAUGAAGUUCAGUACGAUGCAGAGAAAAGUGAUGUCGUAAGAGAGAACCAUUCAGACCAUUAUGAUGAAGAUCAGCCACUUUCUUACUAUGAGCAAGAAUGUUCCCAUGAAGUUCAGUACGAUGCAGAGGAAUAUGACGUCGUAAGAGAGAACCAUUCAGACCAUUAUGAUGAACAUCAGCCACUUUCUCACUACGAGCAAGAAUAUUCCAAGGAACUUCGGUACGAUGCAAAGGAAAGUGACGCCGUAAGAGAGAACCAUCCAGAGCAUUAUGAUGAAGAUCAGCCACUUUCUCACUACGAUCAAGAAUGUUCCCAUGAAGUUCAGUACGAUGCAGUGGAGUAUGACGUCGUAAGAGAGAACCAUCCAGAGCAUUAUGAUGAAGAUCAGCCACUUUCUCACUACGAGCAAGAAUAUUCAAAGGAACUUCGGUACGAUGCAGAGGAAAGUGACGCUGUAAGAGAGAACCAUCCAGAGCAUUAUGAGGAAGAUCAGCCACUUUUGUAUUAUGAGCAAGAAUGUUCCCAUGAAGUUCAGUACGAUGCAGAGGAAAGUGACGUAAGAGACAACCCUCAUAGAGAAGAACAACCACUUUCUUGUUAUGACGAAGAAUGUUCUCACGAAAGUAGGCACUUUCAAGAGGARAGCGAUACCGUAAGGGAGAACACUUCAGAACAGCAUGUUCUUCACUAUGAGCAACAACCGUUCCAGGAACUUGGGACCUAUCCAGAGGAGAGCAAUACGGUAAGAGAAAACACUUCAGAACCCUACGAAGAACAACAGCAUAUUCCUCAUUAUAAGCAGCAAUCUUACCAGGAACUUGGACACUAUACAGAGGAGAGCUAUGCCGUAAGAGAAAACACWUCAGAGCAGUAUGAAAAAGAUCAGCCAGUUAAUUACUAUGGGCAAGAAUAUUCUCAUGAACUUGAGCACUGUACAGAGGACAGUGACGUUUUAAGGAAGAGCACUUCACGACAUGAAGAAAAUCAGCCACUUUGCCAAGAGCAACAAUCUUACAGGGAGCUAGGGGAAGAAUUUUCCCAAGAAAACGAAUAUUUUCCAAAAAAUGGUACGAUAAAAGAUAAUGGUUCACAAUCUUCUCAAGAAGUUCAGCCAAUUUUUCGUUAUGAAGCUGCAGAAUUUUCCCAUGAAGUUAAUGAUCACUUUCCAGAGAAGAGUACUGAUGAUUUAACAGAAAGCUUUUCAGAACAUCACAAAGAAGAACAGCAAGACAGUAAACAAGAAUUUUUCCAGGAAUAURAACAGUUUGCAGGAACUAGCGAUGGUGUGAUGGAAAGUUUCUCAGGACUCUCAGAGCAAGAAUAYCAAUCUUCUGACGAUGAAGAAGAAACGACUUCCGAAAGCGGGGAAGGAGAAUCUCUUAGCUCAGACGGAGAAUCUUAUAAAACGACAAGUGAAGAAGACAAUUUUUAUAAAACAAAUGACUUUGGCAAGCAGCACAAGAAUGGCGGUUUUGGGCAGCAAUAUGCCUAUUAUGGCGAUGCAAUGUCUGAAGCUGCAUUUUCAGAGGUUAAAGCAAGUYGCAGUUCAGAAUACCCUCCAUCCACAAAUGACCAUCAAUAUAAGCAUGGAARUGCAAAAGAUGUUGAAGAUUACGAAUACUACGAUGACUUUGAAGAGGAUGCACCCGAGAUGUCUAAUGGUUAUGACGUCAUUCUGGCGCUUGAYAGCUUUAAUAAUGACGAAAUUAAUGUUGACACUAAACAUUCUGAAAACUUUGAUUUUAACAAAACUGGGAUAUUAGGACAGGAUGGAGUUGCUGGCARAGACGAUUUUCGGGGAGAACAAGAGGUUACUGAAGUCAAUGGUUUUUCAUACGACAGAGAUGCGCAAAACGGUCAUGAAAAUGAACAAGACGUCAUAGGCAUUCCCAAUACUGAAAAGGAAGACUUGGCUGAAAAUACCGAACAGGAAAGCAGUGAUAGGUCGCAGUUUACUGACAACAUAGGUACGAAAGAUUUCAGUCAAAGCGAUAACACCCAUGCACCCAUGCAAGAUAAUAUAACAACCACCAUUGACUGCGAUCAGAUUACGUGCGAGAGCGAUCGGAAAAGACGUUCUGACGAAGAUCCCAGUAUAGGCACGAGAGAUAUAAAUSAAAGCGAUGUUACUACUGCAGAAGAUAAAAAAGCAAUCACCAUUAACUACGAUCAGAGUACGUGCGAGUGCGAUCGGAAAAGACACUCUGACGAAGAUCCCAGUAUAGGUACUGCAGAGGAUAAUAUAGCAACCAAUAACUUUGAUAAUUUAUGCGAGUGCGAUAAGAGAAUAAGCCCUGAGGAUGGCCGAGCUAUAGGAACACAAGUAUCCUCCCAAACUGUCGUCAAACAGUCUGUUAAAGAUUUCUCUGUAAAUAAAAAGUGCCAAGGAUCAGAUGAAUGUGAAAUUCAACAUUACGACCUAAGCAGUCCAAUCUUUACUUAUGGAGAAAACGAAGCUCAAAAAUUGAAUGGGUCGCAGUAUGAUUCUGCUUUACCUACGAACCAGUAUGCAAUCGUAAAUGUACAGAAUGUCCCUUGUCAUGAAAAUAAUAAUGAACUGCAAGAGGCAAAUCACUCUGCCUAUCUGGUUAACAAAAGUAGUGGUUUGGUGUAUGAUCCUGCUCUAUCUGCAAAAGAUCAUCCCACUGUAAAUGAACAUAAUAGCCAUUGCUCUGAAGAUAAUAAUGAACUGCAAGAGGAAAAUCACUCUGCCGAUCUGCUGAACAAAAGUAGUGGUUCGGAGUAUGAUCCUGCUUUGCCGACGAAGGAUUAUUCCACUGUAAAUGAACCAAAGCAGUAUACUGAUGGUAAAGAUGACGUGCAAAAGAUAAAUGACUCCGCGGAUAUUUUGAACAGAAGUAGUAGUUCUGAAUAUGACCCAUCUUUACCUACGAAAGAUUGCAUCAUAAUUGCACAGACUCAGACUCAGUAUGAUGAUGAAGAAAUGCAGCAGUCAAAUCGCUCCCCGGAAAUUUUGAAMAAGAGUAGUGGGUCUGAAUAUGAUCCAACUUUACCUACGAAAGAUAAUGUUUCCUCGCAAGUAAACCAUGCUAGCGAUGACAUCCAAGAGUUGCUUCAUCUCGAGCUUAACAAAAGUAGUGGUUCAGAAAUUGAUGUACAUAUCCCGACGAAAGAUUGUGACGUCAUGAAUGAGGAAGAUUAUCGGAGUGAUGAUGUCAUUAAAAAUUUGAUUCAUCUCGAUCUUAACAAAAAUAGUGGUUCGGAAACUGAUGUACUUGUAUCGGCGAAAGAUCAUGUCGUCACAAAUGAGCAAGAUUGUCAUAGUGRUGAUGUCAUUCAAGAUUUGGGUAGCCACGAUCUCAACCAAAGGAGCGGUUCGGAAAGUGCUGUAGUUAUACUUGCGAAAGAUAAUGACGUCACAAAUGAGCAAGAUUAUCAUAGUGAUGAUGUCAUUCAAGAUUUGCGUAGCCCCGAUCUCAACCAAAGGAGCGGUUCGGAAAGUGAGGUAGUUAUACUCGCGAAAGAUAAUGACGUCACAAAUGAGAAAAAUUAUCAAGUUGAUGAUGUCAUUCAAGAUGUGCGUCAUCCCGAUCUUUGCAAGAGUAGAAAUUCGGAAACCGAUGUACAUACACCAAUGAAAGUUGGUGACGUUACUGAGCAAGACUAUGCGCAUUAUGGUCGUACUGAUAAUGUAAUUCAAGAUUUGCAUCAUYCCGAUCUUAACAAAAGUAGCGGUUCAGAAUAUGAUCCACGUAUUCCAACAAAAGAUUAUGACGUUACAAAUGCGCAUUAUGGUCGUACUGAUAAUGUAAUUCAAGAUUUGUGUCAUCCCGAUCUUAACAAAAGUAGCGGUUCAGAAUAUGAUCCACAUAUUCCGACAAAAGAUUAUGACGUCACAAAUGCGCAUGAUUAUCAUGCUGAUGAAGUCAUUCAAAAUUUGCAUCAUCCCGAUAUUAACGGAAGUAGUGGUUCGAAAACCGAUGUUCGAACACCAACGAAAAAUUGUGACAAUGCUGAUCAAGAUUAUCAUAGUCAUGAAGUCAUUCAAGAUUUGUAUCAUCCGGAUAUUAACAAAAGUAGCAGUUUGGAAACUGAUGUGUGUAUACCAACGAAUGAUUGUGACGUCKCAAAUGAGCAAGAUUAUGAUGAUGGUGAUGUUCCUCUAGAGUUGGUUCAGCCUGUUAUUAAUGAAAGUAACGAGAGCAUUGAUUCUGAAUAUGAGCCGCAUUUGCAGUCGAAUGAUUAUGAAAAAAGUGACUUUAACAGGGUCGUGGGAGAUGGUGGGAGUACCGGUACCAUAGCUGAAAAAGAACACUAUAACUGUAGUCCGAGUCUACCAGAAAAAGAUGGAAUGCAAAUCGAACACGACUCCCUUGACACACAAGAGUGUAUUAUAGUAUUUUGUAACAAUGAUAAAACUUCUGACGACGCAAAGCCAUCCUACGAAAUGAUCCUUCAAGAAGAAUAUCAGAUCCUUGGCGCAGCAACUGAGAUUUUCCUACCAUCGGAUAUCGAUGCAAAUCACAUUUGUAUUUACCAAUGUGUCGACUUUCAACUGCAACGGGUACUUUGUCCAACAUCGAUCACUGGGGAUCAAGAAACAAGCCAGUUGUACCACAACUUGCAAGCUGGUACAUUAGGCCAGGAAGAUUUGGCUACAACCCAUAUCACAAGAAAUGCAAGAAAUCCGAGAGCAGCCAUUGGUACCGCUACUGCCSCUUUAACUCGUGGAGAAUACGCUAUUGAAGAAAGUAGGGUUGUUCAAAAUCAAAUAAAUUUAAUUUUCUCGCCUAUAAGUGAUGAAUAUCAAGUUUCUUCACAAGAAGAAAUUUCAUGCCGACUGAAUGUACAACAGGGCUCAAUGCAGGCUCUUACGUGGCAAGAAAACACAACACAACGAACUGCACCUGAAUGUGAAUCCGUUGAAUKUAAUGACCCGGUCGAAGAACAAAACCCCGAGGCAGUUAUUGAAAUCACUAUAGUGCAAAACAAUGUUGGAAUGUCCGCAGACGAGUCUAGCACUUCGACAGGUUUUUCUUCUGGUAAGUCAAAAGAGAGUGAGAAAGAAACUACACAAGAAUCAGAUAGCGAGAGUGACACGCCUAGAGCUGAUCAAGGUUUGUUUGACAGAAUGGCUGCGAGAAAUUGGUCUUUGGCAUCCUCUAAAAAUCUGCCUACUAGGGAACCAGAGUCAUAUUGUUCGAGCGUACUCGUGGAAAAUACGCAAAGAAAUCGUCGUACAACGGUCAUGGAAUUCAAGCUCGAGUCCUCUGAUGAUCCRGAUCUGAUGUAUAUAGAUGAAGUGCAGUAUUUUGAAGGAGAGCAGCCAGUUGGAAAAAGCGAAGAUACUGGAACAGGGGAGAAUUCCAACCGAACUAUCUCUGCUGAAGAUAAUAUGUCUGAGGAUGAUGCCUGUAGCAAAGAGAAGUUUGAUUCCUCGAACGAUUCCUCAAGAGAAAUGCCUUGGUAUACUGCAGACACAAAUCUCUCAGAGAAUGACGGGAAUACUGAAGACGGGAACGACAACUGUAAAAAGAAAUCACCACGACGAAGGCAAUCCGAGAUGAUGUUGAAGCUUAGAGAAGAGUUUAGAAGGUGUUCUCAAAAAGAUGGGCAGUAUAUCAUUACGUCUUCCUCAGAAACAAGCUAUUCUUUCUUGUCUGACUCGAAUGAUUCUGUACUACGAGCCGCCCAGCCUUAUGAUCCUGAAUGCGAAUCUUUAACCCAAGUGUCACUCUCUGAUAUGUCUUUGGAACUCCCAUAUACGAGCUCUGCAAGCUCUGGGCAUCCAGAAUAUGUUGYCGGCCACCGAGAUUCGCUCUCAGAUAUUUUUUCAGAAUCUCAGUCUACUAGUUUGAUUGUUCCAAAAGAAUAUGAAGAUAAUGAUCUCGAGAGCCAAAAGCCAUACGAUCCUGCAAAUUGCCUCAUGGAUGUAGACACGUUCUCUGAACUAUCCGGCAUGUCACUAGAUACACCGUCCAGUAGCGCUUUAGAGUAUGACGUCACAGAAGCUGAUACUACCCUUGUGGGCGUGGUGGACGAUGACUCAGAACCUUAUACCCCUGAAGUGUACUCCAGAUCUCCUGAGAACGAUUCGGAACCAUACACCCCAGGAGCGUACUCUCCUGUAUUGUCGCUGUCAGGCGAUGAAUCGGAUCCAGAGCUGUUCAGCUGUAAAUAUACGAGUGAUUCGUCUGCUUAUAACCCCGAGUCUCACUGCCCAGUAGAUAUGAGCACGUCGAGUGUAUCUGGAAACGAAGCAGACAAUGAGGUGUCUACUGGUGUCUCGAGYCCUGAAUUUUCUUCCAACCAAAACAUUCCCUUGAGUUUGAGCUUAAAAAAGAAGCCCAGUGAAAAGAAAGUUUGUUUAGAGAGUUACGUUGGCUACUCCAGCUUGGAUAAGGAGUCUUCUAAUGAUGAUGCUGGGCAAACAAAUCCAGAAGCUUACCGUYCUGAGAGUUUUGUUCGGCUAUCCAAGUCCACUGCAGCAAGGAGAAGUUCUAACAGAAACAGCGCACGCGUCCAUUCAAGGUCAAAAAGCGAUGACAAGCGAGUUACAACCACAACAAAAGACAAGGAAUUCAGCAUCGAGAAAGGCGACAGGCCCCAUACUUUGCAGAWAUUGGCCCCUUCUACAAGUACAAAGUCUGCAAUAACUCGUGGGAAGGAUCAUAAGUUAAGAGAGGAAAACGCAACGGGCUGCAAGCGAAAACCUCUCAAGAGCUUUGUAGCAAUGCCUUGUACGAACAAGAGAGCUAAAGAAGACGAGGUUGGGAAAAAGGUGGUUCAUGCUAGCUCUAAAACUAAGAAAAAAUCCCCAACAAAUGAACAAAAGUCUUUACCCAAGAAAAAAGAGAGUGUGAAGCGUCGUGCUGUUUCAGAAACAAAUGAGAAGGAAUCAGCACAAGACAAAAGUACUCUGCCGCUCAAAAAGUCUAAGCUUUCUCCAAGAUCUUUGACCGAAAAGAGAAGUUCACCAGAGACCCCAAGGAUCGACACAGCCCAUCCCAACAAAAACACGCUAUCGGCGAGAARGAAUAGCAGGGAAGAAAAGUUCAAGAAACCUGUGAGUCCUGCAAGGUGCAAGACAGGAAGAAAAUCUAGUGAACACAAUAAGGAUUCUAGUCGAAGGAAAAGCGAACGUAAAGGUUCUGCAGUCAAACAGAAAGUUCAGGAAGGGGAUAGCGCGGCGGGAAGUUCAUUUACUGUGCUGAAUGAGUUGAAAAGCAUCCUGAAAGACAUACAUCGAAAGUCGCCUAAAUCUUCCAACAGGACCAAGUCACCUGAAUCAUCAGCUGGAACAAAUAGCAUAACGAAGGUUAAAGAARCCGUCGAUGAGAACCAUUUACUCGAUGAAGGACACGAACUUCUUGAGUUGGCCCUGGAAGAAAGCAUUAAUAGAUCCAAAUCAGAUAAAGUACCACGCGCGUCGUCCAUUAAUAACGAUAAAGGAUCUCCUAAACCAGGAUGUUUCGAAAAGACGAGAAGUUUCAAUUUAGCUGAAAAAGUGGAUAGGAUGAAAAGAAAACUUGCUAAAGCGGAGGAAUUGUCUGGGAACGAUAAAAUGAAUUUGACAAAAAGUUUGAAGCCUUCACAACCACGAGAGACACGAGUGCAUAUAACAUUAAGUGAUGAUCUUGAUAAUUCUGCUGAUGAAAGAGGAAGUGUGAAUGCGGUCAAGGCCAUGGAUGAGGAAGCUCGAGACACGCUAAGAGCCAACCAGAAUUUAAAUGUCAGAUCAAUGAAUGAUAAAAGUGAAAGCAUCGAAUUAGCUGUAAAGUGCAUCGGCGGAGGAAAAGAUAUUAUCAACAGUUUUGUGGUGACUGGAUCAAAGAAAAUCGAUAAUAAUUUAGGAAUGAAUAAUACAAUGAGUGUAGCUAUUAAAGAGGCGGCAAGUGAARACGAAAAUGUUCAAGCUGACGAUGACCGUGGAAGGCCCACAGUGGUAGAUAAUGACGUGGUAGUGAGUGAAAAUGUUGUUAGCUCAGCGAUUGAGAAGCAGGAAGAUUCAAAAACAGAAAUGCACAGUGCAACUGUCUUUGGGACUCGCCCGACUUGUGCUCAGGAGACUGUUAAUGAGCGCAUGGAAGUAARUAUCGUUAAUUCAGGAAAUAAUAUCCGGACAAACAAGCAGGAUGCACAAGCAUGUGACAAAGAAAAUCGUUUAUCGACCUCCGCUAAUCUAGACAUCGGAAUGUCAGAGGAAAAUGAGAAACCCUUGAUAGCUGACAAAGCCAGUUCAGUGUUUGAGAACCUUAAAGACAAUGAUAAUUUUGAAUGUAUUAUUGAAGAAACUGUUGCUGAACCCCUCACGAACGAAACAAGGAAAACUAGCGACUCCUUGGRAGUGAUUCUCGUUAAGUCAAUUAUCAAAGAAAAGGACAGAGAAAAUGAAAAGAACAGUUGCAAAGAAGAUGGUCGAGGGACUACUGGUGAAGACGCUUGCAAGUCGAGUCAGGAUGUGAGUCAUACUUUAGUAAAAGAUAGUGUUAUCUCGUCGGCCACAGUGAAAAGCCGCCAAGAAAAAUCUAGUCAUGAAGUAUGUGAACAAGAUAGAGAAAUGUCUGACGGACGGCUAACAGAGGAUAUGACAGGAAAGAUCGUUAUCACUGAUUCUGGAGCCGGCGAAGUUCAACUAAUCAAAAUKAAGGGAAAGAACGAUCGCUUGUCAAAGGACCAAGAUAGACAGCCAAAAAAGGAAAGACAAGAUAAUGAAAAUAAUGAAUUUGAUCAGGGCAAGAAUGAUUGGUCGCGAGAUGGACAGCCAAAUAAUGAAAAACAGGGUGACGAGAAAAAUUUAUUUGAAGAACAGAAAAAUGUUUGGUCGACGGUUAAAGAAAAUAUAGAAAGCAAUUUUGAUUCGUACACCUCCAAUUUGUUAGUCAUGGGAACCAGUGAUAUCGAGACAAAAAACACCGAUAAGAAAAUAGAUGACCAGAGUGCGACCCGUACGCUUAAUGAUGUUGGACAAGGGAUUACUUGCUGCCUUCCACUUCAAGGGAAGAGAAAGAGAGAAGAAAACAACAUUCUUAUUGAUGAGGGUUGUGAAAGUAUUGGAGGACAAAUUAGUCCAUGCGCUGACAAUGCUGCAGURAGCGAUUCUAGCAACCGAGGUGUUGCACAAUCUCCAGCCACACCCUGUGGUAUACCUUGUAUACAAACAUCAGCAAAUGGUUCAGCUGCUUCCUGUGGGAAAGYGAGUAUAUCUAAGGUCCAUACGAGACCUAAUGAGCCAACCACAYCCAGCGGGUUACCGUGUACCCAAAUGGUUCAAACAGMAGCAAAUGAUUCAGCCACUUUUUCUGAGAAAGCGAAUAAUCCUAAGSUCCAAACAAGAGCUAAUGGUCCAUCCACACCCAGUGGUGUAUCGUGUACCCAAAUGGUUCAAACAGCAGCAAAUGGUUCAGUCACUUUUUCUGAGAAAGCGAAUAACCCUAAGGUCCAAACAAGAGCUAAUGGUCCAUCCACAUCCAGUGGGGUACCGUGUACCCAAGUGGUUCAAACAGCAGCAAAUGAUUCAUCCACUUUCUGUGAGAAAGCAAAUACCCCUAAGGUCCAAACAAGAACUAAUGGUCCAUCCGCAYCCAGUGGGGUACCGUGUACCCAAGUGGUUCAAACAGCAGCAAAUGAUUCAUUAACUUUCUGUGAGAAAGCAAAUACCCCUAAGGUCCAAACAAGAGCUAAUGGUCCAUCCACACCCAGUGGGGUACCGUGUACCCAAAURGUUCAAACAGAAGCAAAUGAUUCAGCCACUUUUUCUGAGAAGGCGAAUAAUCCUAAGRUCCAAACAAGAGCUAAUGGUCAAUCCACAUCCAGUGGGGUACCGUGUACCCAAAUGGUUCAAACAGCAGCAAAUGAUUCAGUCACUUUUUCUGAGAAAGCGAAUACCCCUAAGUUCCAAACAAGAACUAAUGRUCCAUCCACACCCAGUGGGGUACCGUGUACCCAAAUGGCCCAAACAGCUGCAAAUGAUUUAGUCAUUUCUGAUGGAACACUUURUACUCUUAAAGACCAAACAGAAGCCAAUGUUAGUGAUAGUAAGAACAGCAAAAGUAAGGAAGAAAACAAAGAUYCUCGUGAGGCUGUUUCAAGUACCUCCGCAGCUCCAUCCAAAGACUCCCCCAAGAAGAAUCAGAAAGACGAACAAACUUGUAGCGACAGUAAAGAACAGGAUAGCAAAGCAUCUGAUGUUGUCAUUUCUGGUGGGGAACCCAUGGAAGAAGGGAAAGAUUCCAAGUCAGAAGUCAGUCUCGAAGAAUAUAUCGAAGCACAACUACAGCAUGGUUUGAGUCUUCCUGAUAUCUCUGUCAAUAGUGGACCGUCGUCCAACAUAUCGAGUAAGAUCCUUCCAUCUUUACCAUCUAUAUCCUUCACCAAUACUACAGCUGCGCCUGGUGCUUCAGAGAACAGUUCGUUUUCUCCUAUAAAGCUGCCACUUCUUGCUGUAUCAUCUUCUUCGGCUAUGGAAUCCCAGAAGAAACCUUUAUCACCUACUAUAACAAGUAAGGCCGAAAGAGGCGCCUAUUUGCUAAGUGAAGUGUCUAAGGAAAGCUCUUUGGCCAACGAGAACAAAUGUCAAGUACCUCCAAAGAGAGAAGAAAGAUCUCCGGAGCAAAUAAACUCUGAGAUGGACAUUGUGAGAAGUAUCAGGGCUGAGUACGAAAGGAAGAUAAUUGCGAUACUACAGAAGAGAGUUGAUGUUGAAAAGGCGUACAGAGAAGAGUGUACUUCAAUUGUCAAUGCAGUUAAAGCUUUAGCCAGGAAAAAGAAAAACAUGGAGAGAGAGCUAGGAGAGGUUCUACAGUCAAGUCUACGAGAAAUCAGCCAAAAAUACGUAUCAGAGYUGCAACGAUUUGUACGAAAUGAGACGAUUUAGGUUCGUAAAAUAUCUAGUUUAACUUCAUUWAAUYGAGCGAAGAAUKAUUUGCCACRAUAGAGGCUUAGCACCAUCAYGUGAUGGCAGCCAUGAAAGGAGGCAUCAAUAGUCUUUUUCCACUGUGAAACUGAAUUCUUUCUCAUGUAUGCCAUAUUAGACCAGAUUCAAUUGUUCCUGCCUCCUGUYAUGGCUACCGUCACGUGGUGUUGCAAAGCCUCUAUACCGAGAAUAUGCUUGUAAAAUUCGACGAAGACUGAUUAGCGACCUCGUACUGCUUAGGAUUGUGGAACUUAUUGGCGACGCGAGGUGGCAAAGCUUUUUGAUGUCGUCAACAAAUUCACCCCCAAAAUCCUUUGCAGGUCGUUGCCUUUGAAGUUCACAAAAAUCAAUGGAAAAAUAAAUUUGAACUUUUGCGACUUUAAUCAAAUUCUAAUGGUCGGUAAAUCUGUGGGUGGGCUACCUGUGGUGUGUGUACCAUUACAUCGUAGUUCCACUGUUGUCAUUCCUAUGGAAAAGUGUGUGUAAUAUUUCGUAUAAAAGAGUAUCCUGUCGMAUAUGGACAGAUAACGAUUAAGAUUAUAAUAAUUUGAGUUACUGUUGGAGAAGAUGCCUUAUUAUUUCCUUCAAAUUAUUUAAAAAUAUUCACUAAAAACCGAAACAGAAAAAAAAAAUUGUUAAAUCAAAUCAAAGAGAAAAUAUUUUGUCACAGACAUAAAGAUUACAUAUUCAAAUUUUUUGCCAUAUGCAAUUCAUUUGCUACAAUUUAAAAUUCGAUCUAUUAUUAUGGACUUAUUUCGAUAGUAUCGCGUCAAUGUGACAUUCUGGUUGUCAAAUAUACAUUGAUCUUAAUUUAUUGUCUAUUAUGGAUUGUUCAGAGUUUAUAUAUAUUUAUUGUUCUACCCACCUGCUUGUGGAAUAAAGAGUUUAAUAUA